AAAUAACUACGAUGGAGAAUGGUACAUUUCUUGGAUUGACCAGCUUGCAGACACUUGAUUUGGAUGGGAACGAUAUUACCAAGAUAAGAAGUGGCGCAUUUCGUGGGUUGAGCAGCUUGAAAUCAAUUGACUUGUCUAACAAAGAGAUACAAAAUAUCGAGAGCGGCGCAUUUAUUGGAUUGACCAGCCUAGAAUCUCUUGACUUGUCUAGGAAUAAGAUAACUACGAUGGAGAAUGGUACAUUUCUUGGACUGACCAGCUUGCAGACACUUGAUUUGGAUGGGAAUGAUAUUACCAAGAUAAGAAGUGACGUAUUUCGUGGGUUGAGCAGCUUGAAAUCAAUUGACUUGUCCAACAAAGAGAUAAACAAUAUCGAGAGUGGCGCAUUUAUUGGUUUGGCAAGCCUAGAAUCUCUUGACUUGUCUCGAAAUAAGAUAACCAAUAUGGAGAAUGCCACAUUUCUUGGAUUGACCAGCUUAAAAAAGCUUGACUUGUCCAACAAAGAGAUCAACAAUAUCGAGAGUGACACAUUUAUUGGAUUGAUCAGCCUAGAAUCUCUUGACUUGUCUCGAAAUAAGAUAACCAAUAUGGAUAAUGCCACAUUUCUUGGAUUGACCAGCUUAAAAAAGCUUGACUUGUCCAACAAAGAGAUCAACAAUAUCGAGAGUGACACAUUUAUUGGAUUGACCAGCCUAGCAUAUCUUGACUUGUCUCGAAAUAAGAUAACCAAUAUGGAGAAUGCCACAUUUCUUGGAUUGACCAGCUUAAAAAAGCUUGACUUGUCCAACAAAGAGAUCAACAAUAUCGAGAGUGGUGCAUUUAUUGGAUUGACCAGCCUAGCAUAUCUUGACUUGUCUCGAAAUAAGAUAACCAAUAUGGAUAAUGCCACAUUUCUUGGAUUGACCAGCUUAAAAAAGCUGCUAUGUAAUAAGCCUUCUAAGAGAAGUAUUGAUAAGCAAUUCUACGUCCUUGAUCCCACGAAAUCCAGUGAAACUUUUAAUGGACUUCAGAUCCUGAUGAAAUGCACAUUUUCAAGUGGAAAUGAAGCAUUGUACAAAGUUUCAGGGUGA